UAGUAGUUCCAACUUGAGCAAGAGAGCCUUUGAAAAACAAAGACACUCGAGCAAAGAGAGAAACCGUCUGGACAUGGCAGGGACGGCGGUGAGCAUGGCGAGGUCCAUGCUGGGGGGUGCCAUCUCCAAGGCCGCCUCUGCCGCCGCCGCCGAGAUGAGCUUGUUGAUGGGUGUGCGAAAGGAUAUCUGGUUCAUUAAAGAUGAGCUAGAGACGAUGCAGGCAUUUCUGCUGACUGCUGAAGCGAUUAAGAUGAAAGACAUUCUGCUGAAGGUGUGGGCGAAGCAGGUGAGAGACUUAUCGUACAAUAUUGAAGAUUGCCUUAGUGAAUUCAUGGUGCAUGUGACAAGCCAAAGCUUGUCGCGGCGGCUGAUGAAGCUCAAAGACCGCCAUCAGAUCGCCAUGCAGAUCCGUGACCUCAAACUCAGAGUUGAAGAAGUAAGCAUUAGGAAUACACGCUACAACUUGAUCAAGACGGAGGCCUCCAACAGCGUUGGGGAGGUGGAUUCCUACAGGGAAGAUGUCCGCAAUCACGCGGCUAGCAACAUUGAUGAAGCAGAACUUGUGGGCUUUUCCAAGCCUAAGGAGGAGUUGAUAAACCUGAUGGAUGUCAACACUGAAGAUGGUUCUCCCAAGGUAAUAUGUGUUGUCGGCAUGGGUGGUUUAGGAAAGACUACUCUUGCAAGGAAGACAUAUGAAAGUAAGGAAGAUAUUGUGCAAAAAUUCUCUUGUGUUGCUUGGAUCACAGUAUCACAUUCAUUUUUCAAGAUAGAGAUGCUCAAGGAUAUGAUCAGACAACUUUUGGGACCCGAGUCACUGAAGAAAUGCUUGAAAGAACUUAAAGGGAAGGCAGUGCAAGUGGGUGACCUCUCCAAGUACCUCAUGGAAGAGCUCAAGGAUGAAAGGUAUUUUAUUGUUUUUGAUGACUUGUGGACCAUAGAUAUGUGGAGGUGGAUCCAAGAAUUUGCUGUUGCUAGCAAUAAUAGGAAAGGCAGUCGCAUAGUAGUAACAACACGAGAUAUGGGCUUAGCUAAGGAGUGUUCUCGUGACUCACAUAUCUACCAACUCAAACCUCUACAACCAGUUGAUGCUGCAAAUUUGUUACUAAGAAAGAGUAGGAAAAGGCAGGAAGACAUGGAGAGAGAUGGGAACAUAGUUGAAAAAUUAGUUAAAAAGUGUGGUGGUUUACCAUUGGCUAUACUCAUGGUAGGUGGCGUCCUUGCCACAAAAAAGGUAGCUGAGUGGAGACAAUUUUAUGAUCAUCUCCCUUCAGAGCUUGAGACUAACCCCAGCCUUGAAGCAAUGAGGAGGAUGGUUACUCUGAGCUACAACCACCUACCAUCUCAUCUAAAGUCGUGCUUUUUGUACCUAAGCAUCUUCCCUGAGGAUUUUGAAAUUAAGAGAAGGCCUCUAGUAGAUAGAUGGAUAGCUGAGGGGUUCAUCAAAGCUAGGGGUAGGGUAAACAUCGAGGAUGUUGGAAAAAGUUAUUUCAUUGAGCUAAUCAACCGGAGCAUGAUUAUACCAUCAAGAGUGAAUGUGGAAGGAACCGUUAAGAGCUGUCGAGUCCAUGAUAUCAUGCGUGAUGUCAUGGUUUCAGUUGCUAGAGAUGAAAAUUUUGUGUACUUGACCGCGGACGAUAAUUUAACUAGUGUGACAGAGGAGAAUUUUCGUCAUGUAUCAUACCAUGGUAGAAAGUUCCUAAAGGAAUGCAUAGAUUGGAGGCAUGUCCGGUCAUUAACUAUGUUUGGUGAGAGACCCAUAGAGCCACCAGCUCCCCCUUUUUCACCUAGCACGGGAAUGCUUAGAGUCCUGGAUCUACAUGGUGCACAUUUCAGAAUCACAAAGAAAGAUAUCAAGGACAUAGGAUUGUUACGCCACUUGAAGUAUUUGAAUAUUGGAAGUGCUAAAGCAUAUUCAAAUAUUUAUAGAAUUCCGAGAUCUAUAGGAAAAUUAAAAGGUUUGCAGACUUUGGAGAUAAGAAUGACAGAUAUAUCAAGAAUACCAAAUGAGAUUUGUAACCUUCAGAGUCUCCGUAGCAUCCGGUGUAAGAAAACACAUUGGUUCUAUCUUGGUCUUCAGCCCUCUAUGGGGUGCUUGAUGGACAUGAUGUAUCAUCAGAUGAUUACUGGUAAUUCUCAUGAAAAAGCUUUGAAGCCACGCAUGCCUUGCUUUAGGCAUUGGUCAAUAUACAAAGGUGUAAGUGUGCCGAGAGGGAUUAGCAAGUUACAAGAGUUACAAACACUAGAGGUUGUGGACAUCAAACGGAGUGAUGCCAAUGCAAUUAAAGAGCUAGGUGAGCUUGUGCAGCUAAAAAAACUUGGGGUGGUAACGAAAGAGGCCACCGAGCAAAAAUGCAAGUUACUUUGUGCGGCUAUCGAGAAGUUCACUUCCCUGUGCUCUCUUAAGGUGAACACAAGCCAAAAUGGCUCUCUCGAGUGGCUGCAUUCUGUUUCUUCUCCUCCCCUAUCCAUGAGGAGCCUCCAGCUGGUUGGAUGUCUUGGAGAAAUGCCAGACUGGAUUGGAAGUUUGACACAUUUAGUGAAGAUUUAUCUAGGGCAUAGCGAGCUGAAAGGUGAUAAAACCAUGGAACUAUUAGGCACACUGCCCAACCUUAUGCUCCUUCGUCUUCGUCAGAAUGCUUAUGUUGGGAAGAGUCUAGUCUUUGGAGCAAGAGCAUUCCCAAAUCUCAGGGAACUAGAUAUUUUUUACCCGGAUCGAGUGAGAGAGGUGAUAUUCGAAGAGGACACCUCGCACCAGUUGGCAAAGAUACAAUUCCGUGGCGGCCGAUGUGUGGAAUUUAUUGGCAUCAAACAUCUCCCAAGGGUCAAGGAGAUUUCACUUGGUUUGGAGGCUAGAGUGGCGAAGCUUGGUGUGCUGCAAGGGGAAGUGGAGGCACACCCCAACCAUCCCGUGCUGCGACUAAGGGAAGACUGGAGCAUGCAUAACAUAGACCCCUCUGUACACGAAGCGCAGGAGGAAGAAUUAGCUAAUUUUCGGAGGCAGCAUCAGCAGGAGAGAUCCGCUCAUAAUCGCAAGUGGUGGCCAUGGCGACGACGGGCGCAAUUAGUUGUUUUUGUCCACAACAGCCAAGGCUCCAAUGUAGAAGAUGAUGGAGAUGAUUUCUUCUCUUGCACUUCUCAUGACGAAGAUGCUUGCUGAAGAUACAACUCAUGGCGCAUUGCCUUAUAUAUUGGUUCAGAAACUACUCCUAUUGUUGAAGGCAACUGACAAGGAUCCAACGGGGCAAAGCUCGGAAAACCGACCACCCAACAUAAGAUGCUACUACGUACUACAAAGCUGCAUAUGCUGUUAUGCUGCACUUGGACAUCACGUUCAACUUCCUUACAAGUUUCAGGUUGAUUAUCUCCUCUCCGACGUUAUACAGGGGAGAAGACGUGGAGAUCCAAUACACUUAACUAUACAAGAUGCUACUGCUAAGCUGCAUAUAUUGUUAUUCUGCAAUUGGUCAUCAGAUUGAACCUUGCAAGUUUGCUGCUAGUUACCUCCUGAUGUUUUUACGGUCCAAAUGGAAGAGGAGUGGCACAUAUCUUGUGGGUAUUGGUGGAACAGAGGCGAGCAAGAUCUCUGAUCGAAAGUUCAAGUGGCAACUACUGGCCUAAAUAAUUGUAAAUUGUUUGGAAAAGAUCAUGGAACGGAUGAUCAAUCUGAUGAGAAGACCUGCAAUUGUGAAUACAGAGUACUUGCUUCCUUUACUAGCUAGAGUAUUUAAGUACCCGCAACCUGUAUUGGCGAUGCUGUUUUAAUUACAACACCAUCGUGCAAAUCUAAAGCUAUAUUGUACUGCUGAUUGGGGUGUAAAUUAUUUGCUGUACAGCAUCGUUAGUGUGUUGUGAGAACACCGCCGGGCAAGCCUUCGUAGUUCUUUUGCUGUAUGGCUGCUGUUUAAUUUGUUAUGAGAAACAUAUGUUAUGGAAUCGCCUGUAGCCUUUGCCCACUUGCUCGGUUUAUGGGCCUGUGUUUUUGUUGUUUUAUAUACAUGGUGCAUAUAGUGUAAAA